AUGGCUACGCGGGGCCCGGGCCGGCUCCCCAGCCGCCGCAGCCCCGGGGGCCCAGCGUCCCCGGGCGCCUUUGUUGCCCGAGAGGGAGGCAGGAAGUGGCCCCGGGAUUUGAAUGCAAACAAAGCGGCGGCCCGGAGCGUGGCGGAGCCGGGCGGCGGACGCCCCCUGCCGGCCCGCGGCCCGCGCGGGAAGGGAGCGCGGCCGAGCGAGCGCCCCCGGCCCGGCGGCCCCUCGGGCGCCCUACCUUCCCGGCCCCGGCCCCGGCCCCGGCCCCCGCCCCGGCUCGGGUCGGCCCCGAGGCGCGCUCGCCGGGUCGCCCGCGCCGCGGAGCCCCCGCCCCCGGCUCCUCCCCGGGCCGCGGCGCGGGCGGAGGGCGGGGGGCGCAGGGCGGCGGGCUCCGGGCUCCGCGCCCCGCACCCAGCCCCCCGCGAGCAGCCGGCCGGGGACGGCGGCGCCCCGCGCGGGCCGGGGCCGCCGGGCUCGGGCCGGGGGCCUGGCUCGGCGAGCCCGCGCGCCGCCCCGGCGGAGCCGGCGGGCGGGGGGCCGCGGGGGGGAAACCCGAUCCCACCGCCUCGGCCGCGGUCCCAGCCCGCCCCAAACUUUCCGCCGGGGGUGGGGGAGCCCGAGCCCCCGGCCGCGCGCCGGCCCGCACGAGGGGGUCCCCGCUGCCCCGGCCGCGCACGGCGCCGCAGCCCCGGGGCGCGGGCGGGAUCCGGGCUGCCCCGCGCCCGCAGCCCCGAGCCCGGGCGGCGGGACAAAGCGGCUCCGGCCCCCCGCCGUCCCGGCCCCACUCACCUCUUCCCCCGCGCCGCGCGGCCGCCCGGGCGCCGCCCUCGCCGCCGGCCCCGACCCCCGCGCCCGCCCGCGCCGCCCGCCCGCCCGCGCUCGCCAGCGCGCCGCGGCCGCCCUCGCCUCCGCCCCGGGCCCCGGCUCGGCCCGCUCCGCACCCCGGGCUCGGGCUCCGGGCUCCGCGCUCCGCCGGGCGCCGGCUCUUUCUCCGCCGCUCCCCGCCCCUCCCCUGACGUCAGGCGGGGGUGUCGGCCGCGGCCGGGGGCGGGACGCGCGGGCCCGCCCCGGAGGGCGCAGCGACCCGCGGCCGCCGGGACGGAUCCCCCCCCUCCCCCGGGCCCGGGCGGCGUGCGCCGCGGCGCUCGGAGCCCCGCGCGGGGCGGGCGGGCGGGCGCGCUCACCUGGCCGCCCCGAGUCUCCGGAGCCCCGCGGCGGGGCGCGCGGGCGAGUCCGCGGGAGGCCGGGGCGGGAACCCGAGCGCGCCGGGGGCGGGGCGGGGGCGGCCCGAGCGCUCGGCCCGCGGGCCCCCGCGCCGCCCACUGGACCCGGGGCUCCGGCCGCACGGAGCCCCCGGCCGGGCCCGAGAGCCCCUCGGGGCGGCGCCGACCCCCGGGCCCGAGCCCGGGGCCCCGGGGCGGCCGGGCGGCGGGGCCGCGGGCCGGGGGCGCCCCCGCCUCCCCACCGGCCUCUCCCCCGCAACUUGUAGCUCCGGCCUCCGGGGCGGGGCGGCGCUCCUGGCCGGCCCUCCUCCCCGCCAGCCCGCCCUCCCGCCCUCCCGCCCGGCAGGUGGACGGCGCGACCCCCGGGAGAGCGCCCCGCCGGCCCGGGCGCGGAGGGCCGGGCGCCGCGCCGCGCCGAGGGGGAAUCCUGGAGGGAGGAGCGCACCCGGCCCUGUCAGCAGAUCUGCGGCGUAAAUCAGCCCGACAGCGGCCUUUGUUCCGAGUGAAAACUUGGCAUCGGAAAAGUGGAGAGCAGAAGAGCAGUGGAGAUAAUUGA